AGGCUAAUGCAGGUCAACCAUCUGUAUGAGGAUUUCCAGUUCCGCGACGAACCUCUGAUCGAUGCGCAAGGUACCAUUAGCUAUGAAAACUUGGACCACAUUUACACACGUGACUUGGUAAGCAAUUCGGAUAAAACUUCCACGCGUUGUUUGUAUUCGUGCGGCAAAAACUAACCCCCAGGAGGCCCGCUUCGUUUCAGACCGACAAUUACGCCCUUGCCUUCGAUUGGCGCACGGUGUUUGAUGAGUAUAAUACGGCAGACGGUGCUACGGACAGAAAGCUUAUGAUAACGUCUGCCUAUACCGGCAACCUUGAAAGCACCAUGAAAUGGUUCGGCAUUGCGAAUCGUGCCGGUGCACACAUCGCACAAAACUUUGGUCUGCUGCGGGAAAUCUCCAACGAAUCGCGGGCGGAAGAUUUCCAGCGAGUAAUCGAUGGAUGGCUGAACGGCCUGCCACCGAAUGGUGUGGCGAAUUGGGUGCUGAGUAAUCAUGACUAUCGUCGUGUGGCGUCCCGGUACGGGCGGGAACGUGCCGCUGGAUUGGCGAUGCUCUGCUUCACCCUGCCCGGGACGGUAUUCGUGUACUAUGGCGAAGAAAUCGGUAUGGAAGAUAAUGAUGAGAUUUCGUGGAAACAAACACAAGACCCGUUCGGUUGCAGCACGAACGGGACGAUCUUUCAGCGCUACUCGCGUGAUCCCGCCCGGACACCGUUCCAGUGGGAUAAUAGCAACCAAUGGGCAGGAUUUUCGCCGGCGGCGUCUGUGGAGUUGAAAAAUGAACCCUGGCUCCCGGUGAAUGGCAACUAUGCUUUGCUCAAUUUGGCACAGGAGAAAUCAUCCAACCGGUCGAUGUAUCAUCUGUACCGUGCGCUGAUAAGAUGGCACCAACAAUCUGUCACGCUGCGUUACGGAUCCUACCAAUCGUUCGUGUUACCGCACAAUGUGUUCGCGGUGUUACGGUCGCUGCUCGGUGAGAAGGAGUAUGCCACGGUACUGAACGGUAACUCGCACGCUGUAACGUUUAAUCUUAGUCGGGUGCAUCGAUAUACGACACGGGCACGAGUGGCGUUUACUUCUCCGGAAGGCACUUAUGAGGUGGAUGAGUGUAUGAAGGAUGUCACUAAUAUCGCACUUGGUGCGUAUGAAACAGUUAUAUUUGAACUGACGUCAGGUACAGUGUGGGUAAGAGUACUGAAUGCCUUACUAUUAGGAAUGCUGGGUAGUUUAGUGUUUAUUAAUUGCAUCAGGAUAUAGAA